AUGCUCGAAAACGUCCAACCUCCUCCAGCCCAGAUCCGUCACACUUCCAGUUCCUUCUUGACCGGAUCCACGAUUCGAGCGGUGCAUGGAGACACUUCCUACCAGACCUACGAUGACUUUCGGGACUCAGUACUGGCCCCUCCAGCUGCAUUGACAACUCAGAAUCCCAAAUCAAUACCGUCCGGAGCGCUAGCAGAGCAGCCCGCUCCCUACCUAUCUCAUCAUCGACGUGCGAACACGGAGGUGCUCACUCGACAGUCUGUCCUGCUCGCUAAUCAGAGCGUCGGUCAAUCGAAUUCAUUCCAGGACCCCCGGCACAAAGACAACACAUACUGCGAGAACUCGACCAAGAGGAAGCUCGAACUCGGUGGGAGAAUCUUAGUGGACUGGUUUCAGGGGAAGUCCGACUCGGUCAACCUGGGAGUCUAUAUGUCCCCGCCAAAGCAGACAUCUACGAACAUGUCGUCCGAUUUAGCCCAAGAGAAGGGCCAUCUCCGCCAGCUGAGUGAAUCAGCCCUCCCGAUGAAUCGUCUACACAGAAUAAGUGCUCCUUCGCCCUUGAAGCAAGUCGCUUCGCCUGGUCGCUUUUCAUUCUUCGGGUCGAAGAAGCAGGGAGACAAGACGCUAGUACUACCAGAACCGGCCGAUGAUGAAUUCCUGAAUCUGGACAUCAACGCCGCGCUCUUCCCUCCGCGUCUAAGCAACGGAGAUCCUCAGGAGGCUCUCGAAUGCCUCAAGGCAAACGCAGAAGAUGUUCUCCGUCGACUGCAGGCAACCUACAAGGAACGCACGUUCGCGUUGCACCAGGUCCUGGCCCAGAAGAUGGAGCAGGAGGAAGAGCUAGAAGAGGCCCGCACGCGGGUGCAACAUACCAAGAUUCAGCUAGACGAUAUGGCGGAGAGGGUCCUAGAGAAAGAUAAGGCCCUGAAGACGGUAACAGAAGAGCUUGAACAGGAACGGGAAGCCCGGCAGAGGGAGGACGAGGCCCGCAGACGUUCGGUCUCCUUGAAGCCUUCAGAUAACGAAGACGGCCUCAGCGAUCUAGGUGCGGACUUGAGGACACCCAGACGACAGUCGAAACGGGCCUCCGCCGCAACGUUUGCUACCAGCGACUCGGGAUUCGAAUCGGGCGACGAGAGCACUGCAGAAAGCAUCUUCUCCCGAGAGAACGAGUGCCUGAACUCUCCCGUGUCCACUUUCGCCUGCUCGUCUCCCAGCGCCUCUCAGAUCACGCUGCCCAUGUCUCUGACAGCCGCUGUCCAAGCUCCUCCCAAGGAGGCCAAACCUCUCCCGGCUCCUCCCCGCACUUCGGCCUAUGACCGGGUUAUCACAGGCCUCGCGGGAGCGUUCACCGGAGGUAAUAACUCGAAGUGCACCAACUGCCACGGCAUCCCCUCGUCGGAAGCGUGGAGUGUCGUCGGUAUUCUCAAAGAAGAAAACAAGGGAUUGAAAGGGCGUAUCGGUGAACUCGAGACUGUCAUCGAUGAUUGCCUUAACCUUGUUGGCCCCUGA